AUGGCCCUCAAUUCGUUUCCCGGGAGCACCCCCUCCCAUACACAAUCUUCACUACCAUCACUGCCCUCGCAUCUGCAAUCAGAUACACAUUUGACAGCCCAUUUGGCAAGCAGAUUUCAUGUCUCCUUGCCCACGGCUCGUCUUUCAUCGCAGGCUUUGAUUUGUCUGAAUACUUAUACCUCGUCGACCAAAGGCCCCGAUGGCGGAAAGGAAGGAAGCGCCAUGGGUGAAGCUGAGGAUUUGGCUAAACGAGCUUUCACCCGUCUAGGAGCCCGUGGUGAGAACCAAGCGGUCGUAUUUCUUGGCGAAACUGGCUCCGGUAAAACCACAGUUCGAUCUCACCUUCUAUCAGCCCUUCUCUCGUUUUCUGCAACACCCCUAUCGACCAAGCUGUCAUUAGCAGCCUUUGUUUUCGAUACACUCACUACGACCAAAUCCGUGACCACCCCAACGGCGUCAAAAGCCGGAUUAUUCUAUGAACUACAAUACGAUUCGUCAUCAAACAAUCCCUUGUUGAUUGGAGGUAAAAUUCUCGACCAUCGGUUGGAAAGGAACCGUAUCACCUCGGUCCCGACCGGUGAACGCAGCAUUCAUGUGUUAUAUUAUCUUCUGGCAGGGACAAGCGCAGCUGAGAAGGCUCAUUUAGGGCUGGAGUCAUCUGGAAUACAUGCUGGACCAGGUAAUAAUCAGAAGCGAUGGCGCUAUCUCGGUCAUCCCACCCAAUUAAAAGUUGGUGUGAAUGACGCUGAAGGCUUUCAGCAUUUCAAAACGGCUUUGCGGAAAUUGGAGUUUACCCGUGGUGAAAUCGCAGAGAUCUGUCAAGUCCUGGCUACCAUUCUUCACAUUGGUCAACUGGAAUUCAUAACGGGUCAAAGUACUACAACGAGCGCCGAGGAAAGUGGUGGUUACUCUCACGAAGGGGGCGAAAUCGUGACAAUGGUCAAGAACAAGGAAGUUUUGGAAUAUGUUGCCGCUUUCCUGGGACUUAGUACGGAAGAUCUCGCAGUCAGCUUGCGUCACAAAACCAAAACCAUCCAUCGCGAACGUGUAACAGUGAUGCUUGAUCCUCGCGGAGCUCGACAAAAUGCAGAUGAGCUUGCUAGGACGCUUUAUUCCCUUCUGGUUGCCUAUGUCAUCGAAAGUAUCAACCAGAGAGUUUGUGCUGCCGAGGAAAGUGUUGGCAAUACGAUAUCUAUCAUUGAUUUCCCCGGCUUUGCUCAGUCUGCAAAUUCAUCCACCCUCGAUCAACUUCUUAACAAUGCUGCUGUCGAAUCGCUGUACAGCUUUGCUCUGCAGAGUUUCUUUUCGAACAAAGCAGACCGCUUAGAAAGUGAAGAGGUCAGCGUGCCAGCAACAAGCUACUUCGACAACUCGGACGCUGUUCGGGGUCUUUUGAAGACAGGAAACGGUUUACUUGCUAUCAUCGAUGACCAGACAAGACGAGGAAAAACCGACUUGCAAAUGCUUGAGAGUCUCAAGAAAAGAUUUCAGAAUAAAAACCCCGCCAUCACAGUCGGAGACAGUGAGACCAAGCUACCUGGAAGCAAUUUCGUGACACCCAGCACGCAUGCCACGUUCACUGUUAGGCACUUCGCUGGUGAAAUCGAUUAUCCUGUCAAUGGCUUGAUCGAAGAGAACGGAGAGACCAUCUCGGGGGAUUUGAUCAACCUGAUUAGCUCCACUCGAAGUGAUUUCGUGCGAGAACUUUUCGGACAGGAUGCCUUACAAAAAGUCACUCAUCCUAAGGAGCGAAACGCUGUGGUACAGGCUCAAGUGAGCUCCAAGCCCAUGCGGAUGCCUAGUAUGGCUCGUCGCAAGAUCAGUCCGUCAUCCAAACUGAAUCCGUUUAGCAAUCGAGCCGGCAGGGAUGACGAUGACAGCGAUAGUAAUAAUGGAAGCACCAAGACCGGUAAUACAUCACGCAAAAAGACCAACGGUGCCGGCGCAGAUCAAGGAGCAGCAGGUCAAUUCCUAGCCUCAUUGGACGUUAUUAAACAGUGUCUAAAUGCACCAAACCUGAAUCCAUAUUUUGUCUUCUGUCUCAAGCCCAAUGACAGACGCAUCGCAAAUCAAUUCGACAGCAAAUGUGUGCGCUUGCAGAUGCAGACUUUCGGUAUUGCAGAGAUCAGUCAAAGACUGCGCAACGCGGACUUCAGUGUCUUCCUUCCUUUCGCUGAAUUCUUAGGCUUAGCAGAAGCUGAGAGCAUUGUGGUUGGAAGCGAUCGUGAGAAGGCUGAGCUUGUCCUUGAUGAACGAAAAUGGCCUGGUAACGAAGCACGUGUCGGUAGCACAGGUGUUUUUCUCAGUGAACGAUGCUGGGCUGACAUUGCAAGACUCGGCGAACGAGUACUUCCGACAUAUCAUGCUGAUUCUCUCAAUGAUGGAGAUGGAAUGCUUCAUCCUCAGGGAUCAUACAGUGACCACAAAGUCCGACUUCUCAGCUCCGGUGAAAACAGUCCUAGCGGUGCUUUCAUCUACGGGGAGGAGUCUAAGCAAGGUGGUUAUUUUGGCAGUCGCGAGAUUGAUGGUCGAUCAGAUGCUGGUGCUUCAGCCUUCAAUUCUGGCGAUAUGUUCAAAAACCUGGAGACUCGAGAGCAGAUGGCGGAAAAAAGCAAAGAACGCAAAAUGGAAGAAGUGGACAUCCUGCCAGUUUCUGGUAGUCGCAAGCGGUGGCUCUUUAUUGUCUACCUUUUCACUUUCUGGGUGCCUGACUUUUUAAUCAGGUUUCUAGGAAGAAUGAAGCGAAAGGAUGUUCGAAUGGCGUGGCGUGAAAAGUUGGCUAUUAAUAUGAUCAUCUGGCUCGCCUGUCUCACUGCAGCCUUUGUUGUUGUCGCCUUUCCCAUGUUAAUUUGUCCUCGACAAGACGUAUUUUCAGCAGAAGAACUAUCGUCUCACAAUGGGAAGGACGGCGCAUCAUCGUAUGUCUCCAUCCGAGGCGUCGUGUUUGAUCUUGGCGCAUUCGUCCCUUCUCACUAUCCGAAAAAUCUGAUACCUUCGUCCGCGUUCGAUAACUAUGCCGGAGUCGAUGCGACUGCUCUUUUCCCGGUCCAAGUGUCGGCUCUUUGCCAGGGAGUCGACGGUUCUGUCGAUCCAAGCGUACUUCUUGAUUUUACACCAGUCAACAUCACUGGUUCUGCCACUACAAUCAGCACAGCAGACCAAAAUUCAAAGUACCAUGAUUUCCGCUAUUUCACCAAUGAUUAUCGUGCAGAUUGGUUUGCUGAACAGAUGAUGAUGCUCAAGGGUUCUUUUAAGAAAGGUUACAUUGGAUACAGCUCACAGUACUUGAAGACGCUAGCAGAAAAGAACGGCCGUUCUGUAGCUAGUCUUAACGGCAAUGUAUACGAUUUUACCGAGUACGUUGCUGGAGGUCGCCGGACUCUUGGUCCAAACAACACUACUGGACCUGCCGGCGUGAGUGUUGAUUUCAUGGAUCCGGUUGUGGUCAAUUUGUUCUCGCAGAGAUCUGGACAAGACGUUACGCAACGCUUUAAUCAGCUCAGUAUGGACCCCGAAUUACGACAACGCAUGAAGUUAUGUAUGGACAACCUAUUCUUCGUCGGCAAGGUAGACACUCGAAACUCGACGCAAUGCCAGUUCUCGGAGUACUUCAUCCUUGCUAUCACAGCCCUUCUGGCUUCGGUCAUUAUCGCCAGGUUCUUGGCCGCGCUUCAGUUUGGUAAGAAAAAUAUACCAGAGAAUUUGGAUAAGUUCAUUAUCUGCCAGGUUCCCGUCUACACGGAAGAUGAGGACUCUCUCCGCCGUGCUAUUGACUCAAUGGCUCGCAUGAAGUACGAUGAUAAACGUAAAUUGCUGGUUGUCAUUUGUGAUGGAAUGAUCAUUGGUCAAGGCAACGACCGUCCCACACCAAGAAUAGUUUUGGAUAUUCUUGGUGUGCCCGACACUGUCGACCCAGAACCUUUGAGUUUCGAAAGUCUAGGCGAGGGCAUGAGGCAGCACAAUAUGGGCAAGAUCUAUUCCGGUCUUUACGAAGUCCAAGGUCACAUCGUUCCUUUCAUGGUUGUUGUUAAAGUCGGAAAGCCCUCCGAGGUGUCUCGACCAGGUAACCGUGGUAAACGAGACUCGCAGAUGAUCCUCAUGCGCUUCCUCAACCGCAUCCACUACAACCUUCCUAUGAGCCCUAUGGAAUUAGAAAUGUACCACCAAAUCCGGAACAUUAUUGGCGUCAACCCUACAUUUUAUGAAUUCAUCCUGCAAGUCGACGCUGAUACAGUUGUUGCUCCGGAUUCUGCCACACGAAUGGUGUCUUCGUUCCUUGCGGAUACUCGUAUUAUCGGCCUUUGCGGAGAAACUGCCCUCAGCAACGCGCGAAAGUCUAUUAUUACGAUGAUUCAAGUUUAUGAAUACUACAUCUCUCACAAUCUGACCAAAGCAUUUGAGAGUUUGUUCGGAUCUAUUACUUGUUUGCCAGGUUGUUUCACUAUGUAUCGCAUCAGAUCUGCUGAUACUGGUAAACCACUGUUCGUGAGCAAAGAAGUCGUGGAGGCGUACGCCGAAAUUCGAGUUGAUACGCUCCAUAUGAAAAACCUGCUUCAUCUUGGUGAAGAUCGUUAUCUCACUACUCUUCUUAUCAAGCAUCAUCCAAAUUACAAGACCAAAUACAGCUUCCGCGCCCACGCAUGGACUAUUGCCCCCGAGAACUGGAGCGUUUUCCUAUCUCAACGUCGACGAUGGAUCAAUUCUACCGUGCACAACUUGAUCGAGCUCGUUCCUAUGCAACAACUAUGCGGUUUCUGUUGCUUCAGUAUGCGCUUCGUGGUCCUCAUUGAUUUGAUGAGCACGAUCAUUCAACCAGUGACUGUAGCGUAUAUCGUUUAUCUCAUUGUAUGGCUCAUUCUUGAUACAUCCAAAAUCCCCAUCACGGCUUUCAUUCUACUCGGGGCUAUCUACGGUUUGCAGGCGAUCAUUUUUAUUCUUCGACGCAAGUGGGAAAUGGUCGGCUGGAUGAUCAUCUAUAUUCUUGCUACCCCCAUCUUCUCGCUAGGCUUGCCUUUGUACUCCUUCUGGCACAUGGAUGACUUUUCAUGGGGUAACACACGUGUGGUGACUGGUGAAAAGGGCAAGAAGGUUAUCAUUUCCGAUGAGGGCAAAUUCGAUCCUGCUUCCAUCCCCAAAAAGAGAUGGGAAGAAUAUCAAGUGGAGUUGUGGGAGGCACAAUCCCGAGUUGACGACACUCGCUCUGAGGUUUCGGGCUACUCCUAUGCCACGAAGUCUUACCAUCCAGCUGCUACUGAAUACGGAUACCCAGCAUCUCGACCAAUGUCACAACUUGAUUUGACAUCUCGACUUGGUUCCCGCAUGUCGCUCGCUCCCUCGGAGAUGAUGGGUGGUACUGCUAACUACGAAUUGGCCGAUCUCACUGGGUUGCCUUCUGACGACGCCAUCCUUGCUGAAAUCCGGGACAUCUUGCGUACAGCUGAUCUGAUGACCAUUACCAAGAAGGUUGUCAAAGUAGAGCUUGAGAAGCGUUUCGGUGUUAACCUGGAUGCAAAACGUCCAUAUAUCAAUUCUGCAACCGAAGCAGUCCUCUCGGGUCAAUUAUAA